AUGGAGGAAGUCGAGGGAGGCGCGGCUGGGGCACAAAAGGUGAUGACCUACGAGGAGGUCAAGAAAAUCUGCAGAGAAAGCAACCUGUACGAAACGGACGAGCUGAACGAAGUCCUCUACCUGCACAUGAAGGGCUUCCACAACAUCGGCGGUCUCGAAUCCUUCGCCAACCUCAAGUGCCUCUUCCUCAAUAACAACUGCAUAAAGGAGAUUACCAACCUGGGCGGACUCGGCAACCUGCGGGCCCUGUACCUCCAAAACAACGACAUCAGCUGCAUCGAAAACAUAGAGUGCACAUCCCUGGUCAUUCUAAACUUAGCCAACAACAGAAUUAGGAGACUUGGGAAUCUGGGCCACCUCAAGGGGCUCCAAACUCUCAACGUGUCCCACAACCUUAUCGAAACGAUCGAGGACAUCGCCGAAGUUGCGAAACUCCAGAACCUCUCCCACCUGGACCUCUCAGACAAUCACUUGAACUUCCACGAUGGGAUAGACGCUGAUAAACUGAAGGAGUUUUUGCACCACGUGGAGAGGGGCUCUUCUCGUGGCCUUCACCAUUUGGGGGCCGAGGACAAGCAGGCAAUGCGACUUGACGAUGGUGCCACGUUUGGCAAAGACUCCCCAGAGGACGGGUGCGAAAAGGAACCCUCCCAACAUGUCAAGUAUUACCAAAAUGUGCAGCCAAUGGACCAACUGACACGAAAGAAGAUUACAUUUCUGUGCCAACUGAUCAUUCUUUUAAGACAUAUGGGGAAGUUAAGAACUCUCUUCGUUAAAAACAACCCAUUCGUUAGCAAAAUCAGGCACGCCUCUAGGUAUCUGGUUGCCAACAUCCCCAACCUGGUCUUCCUGGACGACAAGAAGGUAAAGAAGGAGGAUGUCUGCCUGGCGAGGAUCUUCUUGAAAAGGGGAGCCGCGCAAGAAAUGAAACUCAAAGAAAUAUUCCAGAGAAAAAAAAUGGACAAGUACAAAAACUUAUCGGAGAAGUUUCAUACGUUUCUGAUGGCUCAAAGUGGAGGCUCCUGA